GAGGCGGAGUUCCUCAGAGAAAGAGAGACGGACUGAAGGCGGGAGUGGGCUCCGAGAGAACACACAGUUGUAGUUUUAAAGCCCUGCGGCUUAGUGCUUGGAGGAUUAUUACUGCGAUAGUAUUACAGGCUUUGGAGUAUUACAGGGCAGUGGGGAGCAGUCUUGCAGAAUCAGGAGGGCUGUGGGGACGGUAUUGCAGCGUUAGCGGGGCUGUAGGGGCGGAAGGAUGAGCUCAGAGGCCGGGAUGAAGGAUGCUGAGUUGGGCCUGAAGGAGGUUGAGCUGAAUGAGGUGGACCAGGAGAAGGUACCGAUGACAGCGGGCCUGCCUGGGGAUACAAACGGGGCUCUGAAGGGGGAGAAGGGAGAAGUGAGCGGCGGCUCUGGGCUUCGUGUUGGACCGGGCUCCCCCUCCGUGUUCACGGGCCUGAGUAAAGAGGAGUUGCUGGCGGUAGCGAGUAGCCCGGCCUGGGUUCGGAGCCGCUGGCUGCUCCUGGCCCUGUUCUGGCUGGCCUGGCUCGCUAUGUUGGCCGGGGCCGUGCUCAUUAUUGUCCGGGCCCCGCGCUGCCGCCCGCUCCCUGCCGCCCGAUGGUGGCACCGCGGCGGCCUCUACCGCAUCCACAGCCCGGCCUUCCAGGACUCGGAUGGAGACGGCGAGGGGGACCUUGCAGGAGUGAGCCAGAGAAUGGAGGAGAUUGCUGCCCUCAAGGUCAAAGGCAUUAUCAUUGGUCCAAUCCACCAGAAUGUUGCAGACAUGGUCAAUGAGACCAGGCUGAACAAGAUCGAUAGCACAUUUGGCAGCUUGGAACAGAUGCAGAACCUGCUAGAGGUGGCCAAGAGGAAAGGUCUCAAGGUGAUUCUUGAUCUCACUCCCAAUUACAAAGGAAAACAGAAGUGGUUCGGCAUUAACUUCAACAGGACUGAUGGUGGCCAGGAUUUGUUACGGGAGGAGGAGGCAUUUCAGUUUUGGCUGAAGAUGGGUGUGGAUGGUCUGAGCGUCUCUGGGAUCGAGGAGGUUCUGACUUCGGCUCCCCACAGAGUGGCUGAGUGGCAGAACCUCACCAAGAAUUUCUCUGGGGAUGAUGAUCCAAGGAUCUUCAUCACUGGCACAGCCGUUGCUGAACCUGAGGAGAUUCUUCAGCUAAUAAAUCAAUCAGACGCUGACCUUUUCUUCAGUUACUAUCUCCGAAAAACCCUUUUGGCUCUGAGUCCUCCAACUGCAAGGAGUGUUCAGCAAAGGGUGGAGGAAUAUAUCGAGAAAUGUGGAAAGUCCUGGCCAAGCUGGGCGAUUUCAGGUUACGAAGUGGGUCACAUCGCAUCGUCAGUACAGCAACACCUUCAUGGACUGGUCCACAUGAUGCUGUUCACACUUCCUGGGACUCCUUUCAUUUAUUAUGGAGAUGAGAUUGGCCUGAAAGACAGCCAGGGAAAAACCCCAUGGAUGCUGUGGAAUGCUUCAGCAAAUGGAGGCUUCACUUCGAGACAGAGCCUUCGUGAAACCCCAUUGUUAAAUCAAACAGUUCAGGGUCAGAAAUCCCCUUCAUCUCCCCUGUCUCUGUUUAAGAAGCUGAGUUUGUUGAAAAUCAAGGAGCGAUCAUUACAAUUUGGCGAGUUCCAGUCUAUCUACAGCGAGGGAAAUGUCUACGGAUACUCUCGGGUCUGGGACCAAAGUGACCGUUUCCUUGUCCUGCUCAACAUCGACACCCAGUCUGCGGUGGUAUCGCUGGCAGGCAACUCCCUCCCAGCUAGGGCCACUAUCGAGCUGAGCUCGAAGGCUGAUCGGUCAGAGGGAGAAGUCAGUUUGACUGAUCUUCAUCUGGCUGGAGGUGAAGGGCUGCUGUUGAAAUUCGCUUAUGUUGCAUGAGGUGCUGACAGUGAUUACCCCUCUCACUGACCCAGAAUGUAGCGACAGACAUUCAAGAUGGGCUUAAAUUCUCAAUCUUUUACUCGUACAUUCCAUUGUUAACAUGUACUCUGGUUUAAUUGCAUUCCUCAGUGACUACAGUUUCUUUUUCGAGUUCCUUGUGGAACUUGCUCUUGGUGCAGUGGGGCUCAUGGUUAACUCUUGGUUCUUGUCACUCAGGAUUGCAACAGAGACUGACCAAUUGCAACUUGCUGUUGUGUUGCAAACUUUGGUCUGUGUAUUUCACAAGUAAAACCCACACAACUUCCCAAAACAUCACAGUUCCCUUAAAUUUACAUGACACUGUCCUGAACAUGAAUUAAAAUUCUAGAAUCCCUACAGUGUGGAGACAGGCCCUUCAGCUCAACAAGUGCACCCAGACCCAUCCCCCUAUAACCCACCUAAUCUAUAAUUGUGACAGCCUUCGUUACUUGGUGCCUUAACUGUGAGCUAUCUGCCAGUGUUUGUGUUUGGUAACUUUGCAGCUUCCACAUGCACCAAGUUGUGUUUUGUUCUUAAUUAAAUAUUCAGUAUGUGCUGUCUUUUGAUGUUCACUUUUUACUUAGCCUGAUUAACAUUUUUGAAUCUUUUAUAUCUUUCAUUUCAAUAAAGUGUUUUGAAAGAAGA